GAAUUGUGAUUAAAAACCCAAAAAAAACUAAAAACAUUUUGAUGGCAUUCAAUAACUGUUGGAUUUAUCAGUUCAUAUUUAACCAUUCAACCAACUCCAACAAAAUAAAAAAACUUCUCUCCUUAAAACGAAAACCAAACAAGAGUGCUUUUAAGAAAAUAAGUGAACUAAAUGAUCGUGUGAAUUUUGCUAACGCACUUACAUGAUUUUAAUAAAUGCAGUUGCCAAAAAAACGAAAAUAAUUUAAUUUAAUGCCAAAAUAAACCGCCCUAAAAAAAUUGGCAAAAACAAAAAUCUCAAUUUUAAAUACUAAACAAACGACAAAAUAAAAUGUUUUUACGAGUACAAAUACUAAGCAAAUGCUUCUGUUCUUGGCCAUAAAACUUAAAAUAAAACUAAAUAUUUCUUAGUGCAAAAUCAAACAUAUGUUAAACAACACGUUUCUUUUUAAAAUUGUGGCAUUUACGAGUAUGAAUCCAUAAAAAUAUUCAACUAACUAGACUUUAAACGUUUUGCAAAACAAAUUAAGCAAAUCAUUUAACAAUACAUACGUAUGAUAACUGGCAUGUUGAAAACCCGUUGGCCAGACAAAUAAACUUUAUACCGGAAAAUAAUAAUUAUUUUGAAAAAUUAAAAAUUAUUAAAACAAAAAAUUUAAAAUCAAGUUUGAAAAAACUAAUAACAGCAAAAUGAAAAGUCCCCUAUUCAAAUGUUUGUGCGCCCAAAGCCCCAAGGAAAAGGUUAAACUAUUGGAAAAUUUAUGCUGCCUUUUAAGUGAAUUCAUUGGCACUGGCAUGCUUAUGUUUUUGGGCUGUAUGGGCUGCAUAGAAUCUGAUCUCUUUGAGAGCAACAAUUUGACUAGAUCGUUAAAUUUCGGUAUUGUUGUUCUGAUCAUUAUACAAUGUUUUGGCUGCUGUUCUGGUGCACAUUUAAAUCCUGCCGUUACCUUGGCUUCUUAUAUCUAUAAUAUGCUAUCCUUACCCAUGGUUGUGGGCUAUAUAGUGGCUCAAAUACUAGGCGCCAUUUGUGGUUAUGGUUUGCUUAAAGUUUUCCUGCCUAUGGAUCUUAUACAGGUGCCGGGUAAAAGUAAUGCUUUAUGCUUGACUGCUGUUCAUUCAAGCAUUGCUACUUGGCAGGCUGUUGGUAUUGAAAUGUGUAUAACGGCCACCCUAGUGUGGGUGUGUUGUGGUGUUUGGGAUCCACGUAAUAAAAUGUUUCAGGAUUCUGUACCCAUUCGUUUUGGUCUGACAAUUGCUUCGUUGUCUAUAACAGCGGGUCCUCUCACCGGUGCCAGUAUGAAUCCUGCCCGUUCUUUAGCUCCAGCCGUAUGGAACAAUCAGCUUCAAGACCAAUGGAUCUAUUGGAUAGCUCCACUCUUAGCCAGUAUUAUUUCAGCUAAUUUCUAUAAAUACGUAUUUAAAGGUGAAGAAUGUAAGGAUGAGAAACCUAUGACGAAAAUGAGUGAAGCACAAAUAUCUUGCCCAUAAUUGUUAGACUAACAAUAAUCUUUUGUUAAGUCCAACAAGUAUUUUAUGUAUUGUACUAUUAUUAGUUGUUAUAAAAUCUCAUUGUUUAUUACUUUAAUGAAGAAGGCGGAAUAUCUACUACUUAUUUUUUAAAAUUUCUUCUUAAUACUUGGUCUUAAAUUUAGAUAAAUAUAUGUAUAUAUAAGUUGGUUUAUAAAUUAAGUUAUUUAAGUAAUUAAAAAAUGUGUACAUAA